AGAUGUGAUGUGGUGUCGAAUUUGAAUGAUAAGCCCGUUGGCCGAUAUGGAUAGCUUAUCAUUUACAAAACAUUACCCCACCCAGUUUUAAAGCACAUGACAAUUAUUCGAUGAGUAGCACAAUCAUCACGAGAUUCGUCCCGUUCUCCUCUUUUGUACACACGAAAUACACGCAUACGAAAGGUUUUGUAUCACCACAUAAUUGUCUGAAGGAUAGUUCGAGCACAGCAAGAAAUAAAUUGAUAAGUGAUGGGAGCAGAUUUUCAGGGCCCAGUUUCUCACUGAUAGCACACCAGAAUCGUUUCGCAUUCUGUCUAACUCUUUGUCAAAAUCUUAAAAUCAAAAAUCAGAAACCCAGGAACUUUAACUUUUAGAGAAAUUUUCGAUUAGCGUUGUUACAUUACAUACGUAUACACUUUGUUUGUGGUUCAUAUUGAUCUGCAUCAGGCGUUGGCUUCUACCAACGAGUAAAGUGUGACAAUUGAUGGGUAAAUAUCGGACGUGUGGUUACAACAAUGCCUCAAGUGCAAGUGAAAAUUGCAAUAGUGGCGCAAGUGUAAAAAAUAGUCAGAGUUUAUCCCGCAGUGCCGUGCUUGGAAAUUCACAAAACCACAAGAAUCAAAAUGGCAAUUGUUGGGGCAAAUUCGAAGGAGAUCAAAUAAAGCUUGGCGAAUCUGAUCCUCUUCCAAGGCGGAGUCGUCAUCUGGAUAAAAGUAGUGCACCGUUGCAAUCCAUCAGACGCACUCUAUACGUCAUCGCCCUGGGAGCGUCAAUUUUAUUCAUUUUGACGGAACAGGUUCAUGGUGAAAGUCUAGCUGAAACACAGGAAACAAUUCUACGGCAGGGCAGUCCUGUCCUAGACCAGCAGCGUACCACAGAUUCUGUAACUGGAAGUAGUGGUAAUGAAAGAGAGGGUGAAAAUAGAGGAUUAAUUGACAAGCAGAAUAAGAAUGACGAUGACGAGGAGGAUGGUGCUUUGGGAGGAAACCCCUUCCUUGUUCAGCCUGCCAACUGUAGUCACUCUUCCGCUGAAGAUUUUCCUCCAGACAUCUUUUCCAUUGAAGCUAAGCGACAUGGAGCGAUCUUAUUCCAUUUUUUUGUGGCAGUUUACCUCUGUUAUGCCAUUUUGCUCGUUUGUCAGGAAUACUUUGUCCCUAGCGUGGAGUCCGUUUGCAGAGCGCUUCACGUGCCCAGCGAGGUGGUUGGUGCGACAUGGAUGGCAAUUUCGACUUCUGCACCAGAACUAUUCACCAACGUGAUUGGGACAUUCUUAACAAAUGGUGACAUGGGCGUGGGAACGAUCGUAGGGUCAGCCGUGUUCAAUAUUCUUGCUGUUGGAGCAUGUUGCGGAAUUGGGGCUGGCUAUUUCAUCUACAAAUCGUCUACAACCCCUUCAAACAAUAAAAUUGGAGUGCGACUAGAGUGGUGGCCACUGACCAGAGAUUCAAUCUUUUACUUGGCCUCGGUUGCGACCUUGAUUGGGGUUUUAUACAAUCGAAAGGUUUACUGGUCUGAGGCACUCUUCAUGCUGGCUCUGUACGCAUUUUAUGUCCUGGUUCUAUGUUUUAACACCAGAGUGAAAGGAUGGGUAGAGAAAUGUUUGGCUAUUAUUGGGUUGCAAUGGGUCACAGGGUCGAAGGAGGGUCCACGCAGACUUUCUGGCAUAAUUGCAAAGAAAGUCAAUGCGAAUGAGAAAACGCCACUUCUUCUUCUCAGUGGUGAGACCGAGAAACGAACAUUAGAAUCUGACAAUAAUAACUGGGAAGCUAUCAAAGAAGUGACUUCGUCUCAUCCUUCCCUCGUCAAUUUAACCGUAAGCCAGGAACUCAGUGAUACUUCGAUGGAUGAGGUUCUCAUUCACAACGCCCUGGUCCAUUCCUCCGGGUCACACUCAACGCCAGUGGAGGAAUGUUCCACCUGCUGCAAAUGGCCGUCUUUCGGAGCCAAGACUUGGUAUGGAUGGCUGAUUUCAUGGCCAAUUCGCUUCCUGCUUUACGUCACCAUUCCGGACUGUAGGACUUACACGUUACGAAAUUGGUACUGGGCUACACUGGGCAUGUGCGUGGUUUGGAUUGGGGUUCUGACCUACGGAAUCUCUUGGAUGGUCACCAUCAUAGGAGAGACAUUUUCGAUCCCUGAUUCUGUGCUUGGACUUACUUUCUUGGCCGCUGGGACUAGCAUCCCUGAAGUUAUUUCGUCCCUAAUUGUAGCAAGUCAAGGGCUGGGUUCUAUGGGAUUCAGUAACUCAGUGGGUUCCAACAUCUUUGACUGUUUGGUUUGUCUAGGUCUCCCAUGGCUAAUAAAAGCUGCCCUCUUGUCCUCGGAGGAGAUUAACUAUGUCGAAAUCCACUCUGGAGGGUUGGAAUAUUCAGCUAUAAUUUUAGUCCUUGCACUCUUUGUCCUGUACUUUGCCAUUGCUGUGAAUGGAUUUAUCCUUGAUAAGAAGAUUGGACUUAUCUGUGUGUUUAUGUACAUUGUGUUCAUCAGUUUUGCUUGCAUGCUGGAAAUGAAUGUAUUUUUUCCAGUCAACCUUCCUUCCUGCUAAGAGAUUAUUUCUUCCCAAGUCUUAAGAUUAAUUGACCCCAUGAUUUUGUUAGUGCUAUAAUUGAAUUUAUGUAGGAAUUUCAUACAAGAAUAAAAUUACCUAUAAAUAGACUAUUCUAAAUAAAAAGCUAUGAAACAAUGA